AUGCCCGCUGACUUGUGGAAAGUUAUUAUCAUCCUUGGUGACAAUAAGGGAAGUUUACCCAACGGUCACUACAUCUCCUUCGUUAGGCCAUUAUUACCCAGCGAUUUCUCUCGCUUUGUUCUGUACGCCUCCCGGAUCAGGCGACUUGGUGGUGACCGGUGGGAGCCUUCUCUGCGUCCCUUACGACCUUAUCGUGUCUCCGCGGGUGUCUACUAUGCCUUGAAGGAUUAUCGGCCAUCAUCUCCACUUAUCCCUAACCUUGAAUAUCUCGGUUGGUCGGGCAUGCAGUCUAGGGACCCUGAGGUUUUCCGUUGUCUUCACAUGUUCUAUGGGUCCAAGCUCAGGACGGUCAAACUCAAGGGUCCGGUCGUACAGGCCGAAGAACAAGCACAUGCUGCUCUCCGAGGCCUAGCCAGAAUUUGCCCCCAGAUCGAGGAACUUCAAGUGAAUAUAGGGCUAUACGCUCGAUUUGCGCUCGCCGAUGUCAUUUGCGGCCUUCACAAUCUCACCCGACUCUGCUGCGAGGAUACAGCCAUAUCUCUGCAACCGAUGAUGCACCUUGCCGCCCUUCCUGCCCUCCAAAUAUUAUCCAUCAAUGUUUCUGCAAUCUCGGAUCCAAUUCAAUUAUCUUCCACUCUGGACGAUGGCCCGCAAGGAAAAUUUGUUGCUCUGCGGCGCCUGUAUAUCUCCGCGUGGAGCGUACCUAUUCUCACCGCCUUCUUGAAUUCCAUUCGGUCCUCGAAGAUGAUCGAAUUGACCACGGUGGCACAGGAAGCCACCUCGCCCGAAGUCGCGGAGGAGUUUUUCACGGCCCUCUCCCUCCACUGCUCAUCCAAACAAAUUCGGCUGCUCUCCUUCACCUUCAACGUGAAGCAGGCGGACCAGGCGGACCAGGCGGACCAGCCGGAAUGUGCGCUCACAAACCGGACCUUCCUUCCCCUUCUUGCGCUCCCACGGGUAAGGAAGCUCGUCAUCGACGUCAAUUGCUCCCUGCAUCUCGACAACGACUUCCUCGCCUCCAUGUCGCACGCAUGGCCCUUUCUAUGGAAAUUUGAGUUUGGCCUUGUUCGUCCCUGGGUGCAGAGGUCCCCGCAAGCAACGCUUGCCGGACUCGUCCCGUUGGCACAGAACUGCAAACAUCUCUUGUCCAUCGGGAUGGCGCUUGACACACGCCUCAGAAGGAGGGGUUUCGACCUCGAGAGGCGCCCUGGACUCGGGGUGUGCAGUGCGUCACUGCAGGAUAUACAUGUGGGCGGCUCCAUGGUCGAGGACCCCGCAGCUCUCGCUGCAUACCUGUCCGACCUGUUCCCUAAGCUGUGGUGGAUCGGUCAUUCGUGGCCCUCCGAGGAAGAUGAGGGGGAACACAUCCAAGAGGAGUGGGAGAUGGCCGAACGAUGGAGGGAAGUCGGACGCCUCGUGAAGGCAUUCGUGGACAUCCGCCAGCAGGAGCGGAAGUGGGCCGCCAGUGCAGACGCUCAGAUGGCGACAUCCAGUCCGUCUCCGGGGCACUCCCCCAUGGAAGAGUAG